AAAAGAACGACGAAGACCAGCUAGCUCUACUCAUUCAUUCAUUGUUGUUUUUCUUCGUCUUCUCUGUUGUAGUCUCUCUCCUCUUCUCUCUAUCUAGUCUCCUUUCGCGUGUCUUCUUCAACGGAGGAGGACACAAUCGCACAUUCACUUCAAUUUCUUGAAUCGAUCUCGUUGUCUCCGUUGUUCAAUCAUAUCUGAAGACUCCACCAUCGGAAUUGCAUAGUCGAGCCCUAUCGAUCGAGGGUUCUGGUAAUUAAGGUAUUAGCUUGGAUAUGCUGAUGCUGAAGAAAUAAGGACAUUUUGAAAGCUGCGCUGCUCUAUUUGAGAAAAUGUUGGAGGGUACUAAAUUCACCGGUAUUAUAGGCCUUAACAACCACCAUGAUAAUUAUGAUCUUUCGCAAGGCUUUUACCGUAAACUCGACGAGGGUUCAAACAUGUCGAUUGACAGCUUUGGGAGCUUGCAGAUGAGCAAUGGUGGAGGGUCCGUUGCCAUGUCAUUUGAUAACAGCAGUGUUGGAUCAAAUGAUUCCCACACUCGCAUCUUAAACCACCAAGGGUUGAAGCGUGUCCACAACAACUAUUCUGGUGCCCAAAGUGUCAAUAGAGGACGAGUCUCGCAUGGCCUGAGUGAUGAUGCACUAGCCCAGGCUUUGAUGGACAAUCGUUUCCCUACACAGGGACUUGAGAAUUUUGACGAGUGGACAAUUGACUUGAGGAAGCUUAAUAUGGGACCAGCUUUUGCACAGGGUGCUUUUGGGAAACUCUACAAAGGUACUUAUAAUGGUGAGGACGUGGCCAUCAAGCUUUUGGAGAGACCAGAGAAUGACCUAGAGAGGGCACACCUGAUGGAGCAACAGUUUCAGCAGGAAGUCAUGAUGCUGGCCACAUUGAAGCAUCCAAACAUAGUUCGGUUUAUUGGCGGUUGUCGUAAACCCAUGGUGUGGUGUAUUGUCACAGAAUAUGCGAAAGGGGGUUCAGUUCGGCAGUUUCUGACAAAGCGGAAGAACCGAUCUGUGCCUUUGAAAUUGGCAGUAAAGCAGGCCUUGGAUGUUGCAAGGGGGAUGGAAUAUGUACAUGGCCUUGGGUUGAUUCACAGGGAUUUGAAGUCUGACAAUCUUCUGAUUUCUGCCGACAAAUCUAUUAAGAUUGCAGAUUUUGGGGUUGCUCGAAUAGAGGUGCAGACUGAAGGUAUGACACCAGAGACAGGGACAUACCGCUGGAUGGCUCCAGAGAUGAUCCAGCACAGGCCCUACACGCAGAAAGUGGAUGUUUAUAGCUUUGGGAUUGUUCUUUGGGAACUCAUUACGGGAAUGCUUCCCUUUCCUAACAUGACUGCGGUGCAGGCAGCAUUUGCCGUUGUCAACAAAGGUGUCCGUCCAAACACCCCCACUGACUGCCUGCCUGUUCUUAGUGAAAUCAUGACUCGGUGUUGGGAUGCCAAUCCUGAUGUCAGGCCGCCUUUUACUGAGGUUGUCAGAAUGCUUGAAAAUGCGGAGACUGAGAUCAUGACAACUGUCCGAAAGGCUCGUUUCAGGUGUUGCAUGAGCCAACCAAUGACUAUCGAUUGAUGCGGAAAAGGAGGAAAGUAAAAGAAGUGGUAGGAAGAACAGAAAGAAGGAAAUGGGAACUUAAAAAAAAAAGAGGUUGAAAAAGGUGAUUUUAUGUCAGCCUUGUGUAUCUAUCAGGGUUAAUUUCUUUUCAUUAGAUAGAAAAAAAAGGGAAAGUUGUGAUAAGAACCAGUUGUUUUGUGUUUUUUGUUUUUUUCUUUCUAUUUAAUGGAUUUAUGUUGCUGCAUUAGUAAUAGGGGACAUUUGAUGUAUAUCUAUACAUGCCUUUCAUGUAAUGUGCUAAACCUGCACAGUUUAGUUGUUUUCCCUUUUCUCAAAAAGUUGCAGGUUCUGAGGAUCUAAUUAAUUGGAUAUAAUUUAAUGUCCUUUAUUGCUAUA